GCGUGAGGUGGGGCUUCAUCAUGGCGGCGGAGUUUCGCUCUCAGUCUGUUAAAUAUCGUCAACAGUCAUGAAUUACAUCAUAAUAGAGUAUUAAAACAGCAACAGCUCGAUAUUAAAGCGUUUGUUUGUCAGGCUCUUUAUCCGCUGAAGGACAUUAUAUCUAAUUUACUGUCAUCGCGAGGAAAUACUGGGACUCUCUUCUUUAUGUAUUUAUUUUGAUAGUUUGACGGAUUGAAAUGUGUUUCAGCUCUGUCCAGGUCUACAGAUAUGUUUGUAAGGGCUGUGUCUCGGAACAGUUCUGGAUGGUGUCCGUGCAUUAGUGCGAGUUGCCUCAGGACAUGUGCUGGAUUCCUGACACGUGUAGAAUUACACAGAGUUUCAGCUGCUGAGACAUUAUAGUCGUAAUCAGUGGUGUUCCGCAGGGCUCCGUCAUCGGCCUGUCAGCAUUUCACCCGGCUGCAGUCAGGAUGUCGGUCCCCAAACCUCCUCCUGCUCUCUCAGGCCUGGACAACCUCUCCAUCUCAUCGCUGAUGUCAGGAGACCUGGAGAAGGACGGCGAGAGAGAGGUCGGGGAUCUGGCUGACCUGGAAGUGAACCCAUACGAUGGGCUGCCAUACUCCUCGCGUUAUUACAGUCUGCUGGAGGAGAGGAAGCAGUUGCCCGUGUGGAGUGUGAAGUUCAGUCUGUUGGAACACAUGGAGUCUCACAGUAUGAUCGUCCUGAGUGCAGACGGAGGAACAGGGAAGAGCACGCAGGUUCCUCAGUGGUGUGUGGAGUAUGCACUGUCUCAUGAGUUCUCUCAGGGUUUAGUAUGCUGUUGUCAGCCAUACGCUGCAGCCGCCUGCAGCCUAGCGCUGAGAGUAGCAGAUGAGAUGGACUUGAGUUUAGGGUUGGAGGUCGGCUACAGGGUACCACAUGAAGAUGGCUGCACUCCUGACACUAUACUACGGUUUGUGACGGACUCUCUGCUGCUGGAGGAAAUGAUGUCAGAUCCUCUGCUGCGGCAGUACAGUGUCCUGGUCAUUGAUGAGGCUCAGGAGCGGACGGUAGCGACUGACGUGCUGUUGGGUCUGUUGUGUGACGUGUGUCGUCAGCGCUCUGAUCUGAGGGUGGUGGUCCUCACUGCACCGGCCGUCGCUCACACCUUCACUGGGUUCCUGGGAGAGAACGUCCUGCACCUGAGCGUCCCCUCAGAAACAAACAUGGUGGAGAUUCUGUACCGAGAGCCGCCGACAGGACAUGAUCUGACCACUGCUUCCUGUCACGUGAUACUGGAUUUGCACCGCAGAGGGGAGGAAGGCGACAUACUCGUGUUUUUGCCCAGUGUGCAGGAGAUCAAUGAGUGUUGUGUAGUGUUGGAGAAAGAGUGUGUGGCUCUGAGCGCUUAUCUGGGGUCACUGCGGGUCAUUUCGCUGCACACUGGAGACGGAGCUUCAUCACAGCAGGUUUAUGACUCUGAGAUCGCUCAAGACAAACAUCCGGACGAGGAGGCAGCUGGUCUCGAGGACUCUGGUGCUCCGUCUCUCCGGCGCAGGGUCAUCCUCACUGAUGUGUUAGGAGAAGCUUCAUUCUCACUCAACGACAUCCGAUACGUCAUCGACAGCGGUGUUCACCUCAAGACUAUCUACAACCCUCAAAUCAGAGCUGAUUCUCAAAUUCAGAGACCAAUCAGUAAACAGCAGGCUAACACACGAGCACAGAGGGUUAACAGCAAACUGCCAGGUGUGUGUUUUCGUCUGUACUCUCAGUCGUUCUAUGAAGAUGGAAUGUCUGAAUGUCGCUGUCCUGCUGUGACAGAAGCAAACCUCAGUCAUCUGGUGCUGCUGCUAAAGAGACUGGACAUCGCUGAUAUGGGCCAGUGCAAAUUUCUGGACCGGCCAGCUCCUGAAGCACUCAUGCAGGCUCUGGAGGAUCUGGAUUAUUUAGCAGCUCUUGAUGAUGACGGGAAUCUUUCAGAAGUGGGAAUCAUCAUGUCUGAACUUCCUCUGGAGCCUCCGUUAGCUAAAGCUCUGAUCGCAUCCUGUGAAUUUGACUGUGUCAAUGAACUUCUCACCAUCGCUGCCAUGCUGACUGCUCCGCCAUGUUUUUUAACUCCUCCAGCAAAUAAAGAGGAAGCGGCAGCGACUCACAGACGCCCCCUGCUGCAUCCAGAGGGAGAUCACAUGACCCUAAUUAACGUCUACAAUGCCUAUGUGCAGCAUAAUGAAGAUGAGAUCUGGUGCAGGACAAACUUCUUAAACUCCUCUGCAUUACGAUUGGCUGUGGUAAUAAGGGCGGAGCUACUGGAGGUGAUGCAGCGAAUCGAGUUGCCCGUGUCUCCACCUGCCUUUGGUUGCCAGGACAACAGCACCAAUAUUAAGAGAGCUCUUAUCUCAGGGUUCUUCCUCAAGGUUGCUCAUGAUGUUGAUGGUUCAGGAAACUAUCUGCUGCUCACUCACCGUCAUGUAGCUCACCUACACCCGUUCUCAUCGUACCUGUGUCGCCGGCCGCACCCCAACCCGCCAAACUGGGUCCUUUACCACGACUUCACCAUCUCCCAUGACAACUGCAUCUGUAUCGUAUCCGAGAUUCACCCUCAAAUGUUGGUGGAACUGGCCCCUCAGUACUUUCUCGGGAACCUUCCGUCCAGUGAAGGUCGAGAUCUUCUGAUGGAGCUCAGACAGAGUUUAUUCCCACCAGAAGAUCAGGAGAACAUGAACCUUCAGGAGAAAAGCCAUGAAGCAGAAGCUCAUGGUCUGUACAGCACUGAGAUGUGUCUCGUACAGUGACUGAGUAACUGUACACUUGAAGAGAUUACUCUUUGUUAUACUGCAAUACAUGAAACGCAAGCACUCUUCUGUAGCUCUCGGCUGCACAGAUUCAGUCCAGCAGUGGACGCAGUGCAAUGAAGAACAAUUAAUAACAGCCUCAAUGAGUCUAACAUGGGUCAGAGUUUUUGUCAGGCACAGUUAGAUUUCUUUCUAUAAUUGAAGUGCUUUGAAAUAUAUAUUUAUAUAUAUUUUUAAUAGUGAUAUUGAUGUAAGAGAACAGAAUCUGUCUGGAUCGAUUAAGGGAAACAAGUCCAGCACAAUAUCAGCCUCCUGCAACCAACCUCAUGAAGUUAAAUGGCUGUAAUUCUUUAAAAAUGACAUGGUUUUGUGUGUUUAUACAUCAUAUACGUGCUUUUUUUUAAACUGAACACUGAACACAAAGUCGCAAGUUUUUUUUCCCCCUCUAUCUUCAUCGGACAUUUACUGACGGAACACAAAAAAGACCACAUUCAUUUUUGUGUAAACUUGAGUGUACAAAUACCUGAUUUUUAAUACAUUGGAAAAUUUUCACACAAAUUCAAAGUUGUGGAGCUUCUAUUGUUUUAAUUUUAAUAAAUGCAGAUAUGUUCAUA